CAGCUUUGUGUGUGAUGGCAUUCAAGUCAAACAACGAUGGCAAUAAUGAUGUGCUUCGAAGCAUGUAUGCAACCAUGUAAAGUCGCUUUCCCCCAGAGCGUAGCAGAGUACGGUGAUACGCAAAGUGUGCAUCACGUGGGCGUCAAAGCCCCCCAACAAACUACAAGAGAUGCACGGCUUCCCAUCACUUUCUCUCAUUGUCGUUUUGCAAGAGGAAGAAACUUGAGGUGAGGAGCUGCGCAUCAACACGCGAGGCUUCCUC